UUCAGGUAAAACUAUACUUCCGGAGAAAUCAUGCCCUCCGAUGGACUGCGAAGAGGUGUUGCGCAGUGGCCACAAUCACAGCGGCGUAUACACUGUCUGGCCGAGAAGCAGAGUGACCGAUAGAAAGCCUUUGGAAGUGUACUGUGACAUGGACACGGACGGUGGAGGAUGGAUUGUGAUUCAAAGAAGAGGAAAUUUCAACAGGCCAAAGGAUUACUUCUUCAAAGAUUGGUCAAGCUACAAAAACGGAUUCGGAGAUAUUGAAAAAGAUUUCUGGUUAGGAAAUGAUAACAUAUUUGCCUUGACUAAUCAGAGAGUGUACUCGAUUCGAUUCGAUUUGAAGGCUGUAGGUGGAGAAAAGAGACACGCCUUCUACGACAUAUUUUGGAUUGAUGACGAAGAUCAAAAAUACAAGUUACAUAUCCGGGACUACAGCGGAAAUGCAGGGGAUUCCAUGAUUGCUGCUCAUAACACACAAAAAUUUUCUACGACAGACCAAGAUAAUGAUAGCCAUAGGGACGAAAAUUGUUCCCAAAAAUACAAAGGCAGUUGGUGGUACGGAGGUUGCCAUCACUCAAACCUGAAUGGCCUGUACCACAGGGGACCGCACGAAAAUUCCGCUGAUGGCGUGAACUGGCUCACUUUCAGACGCCAUAACGAAUCUUUGGAUACAACUGAAAUGAAGAUACGUCCGAAGAAUUUUAGAAGGCAAUUUAUUGUAACCGACUCCCCACAGAAUUACUAAUUGUGCAAU